CAAACCUACAAUUUUAUCGUGACCGCAGUCAUUCCACAGUAACAUUCCAUUCGGUCUGCACGUAUUAGCUCUGGUUAGAAAGGCCUUGUGAUUUACAAGGUGCCACGUGUCUAGUCAAAGAAAAAAUCCUUAAUCAAUACAUCAGUUAAUAUUAGGAAGAUGUUCCAAUUAACUGGGCAAACAUUAACCCGUCAUGGUCAGCAACUAGUUCGCUACGGUGCAGUAAGAUGUGUCGCUACUACUUCGAAGGUCAAAGCAGCAGAAAAGUCAAGCAGCCCGGAACCGAAGCCGAAUCAGUCGUUUAUGAUGAACAUCUUCAGCGGCAAAUUGCAAACCUCGCAACUCUUCCCAUAUCCAGAGCCUCUCAACGCAGAGCAGAAAGAAUACAUUCAGGCGUUCAUCGACCCAGUUACUCGAUUUUUUAAUGAGACCAACAACCGCAUCAAGAACGAUGAAACCGGCAAAGUAGAUCAAGAGACCAUGGAUAUCGUUUGGGAGUUGGGACUCAUGGGUACUUCGAUACCGGAGGAGUUCGGCGGUUUGGGGUUGUCGAACGUACAAGCUGCACGUUUGAGUGACAUCAGUGGGGGAAACGAUCUUGCUUUCACGAUCCAUAUCGGAGCACAUCAAUCGAUUGGCACCAAGGGUAUUCUGCUGUACGGAACGGAAGCCCAGAAGCAGAAGUAUCUACCACAGUUGAGUACGGGACGUGUGUUUGGAGCGUUUGCGCUGACCGAACCAUCGGUAGGAUCGGAUGCUGCGUCGGUGAAAACCAGAGCUGUGCUAAGUCCCUGUGGUAAAUACUACAUUUUGAACGGUUCUAAGCUGUGGUGUUCUGGAGGUGGAAUAGCCGAUAUCUUCACAACGUUCGCCCAAACAGAAGUAGUGGAUCCGAAAACUGGACAGAAGAAGGACAAAAUGACUGCAUUCAUCGUGGAACGCGGAUUCAAUGGAGUGAGCUCUGGACCACCAGAAAAGAAAAUGGGCCUGAAAUGUUCAAUAACAACGGAUGUGUAUUUCGACGAUGUCAAGGUACCGGUCGAGAACGUUCUUGGAGAGGUUGGCAAUGGAUUCAAGGUAGCAGUUAACAUUCUGAACUCUGGUAGAUUCGGAUUGUGCGCAAUGUUGACAGGAACGAUGCGAGCUUGUAUUGAGAAAGCAGCAGAGCACGUGUCAAGCCGAGUUCAAUUCAAACGCAAGUUGAUGGAGUUUGAAAAUGUUCAGGAGAAACUGGCCAAGAUGGCUAUGCAUCAUUACGUGGCUCAAUCACUGGCCUACAUGGUUUCAGGAAACAUGGAUUUAGGUUCAACUGAUUAUCACUUGGAGGCGGCUAUUACCAAGGUUUUUGGAACGGAGGCAGGAUGGUAUGUUUGUGACGAGGCCAUACAGCUGCUGGGAGGCAACGGUUACAUGCAAGCUCCGGGUCUAGAGCAGUUCUUGAGAGAUAUGAGAGUUUUCCGAAUCUUCGAAGGUGCUAACGAUGUUCUGAGACUGUUCAUUGCAUUGACCGGCAUUCAGCACGCUGGCAAUCAACUGAAAGGGUUACAGAAGGCCAUGAAGAGUCCUCUUACGAAUCUCGGAACCGUUUUGCAGGAAGGGACGAAGCGUGUGUCACGGAAAAUGGGGGCAGGCGGUACGGACUUGAGCGGAUUUGUGGUUGAUCCGUUGAAGGAUUCCGCAAAGCUUUGCGCACAGAGCAUCGAUCUCUUCAAUCAAACCAUCGAGUCUCUGCUGAUAAAGCACGGUAAAAAUAUCGUCGAAAGACAGUUCCUUUUGGCACGAGUGGCUGAUGCGGCUAUUGAUAUCUACACUAUGGCUUGUACACUAUCACGAGCUUCCCGAUCUGUCCGCAAAGGACUCCCAUCUGCGGAACAUGAGAUUCUGAUGACCCAGGCAUGGUGCACUGAAGCAAACUACCGAGUGCAACAGAACAUCCAACGCAUCCAUUCCGGAGUAUUCAACGAAAAUUACAAACGAAUGUCGAUGAUUGCGUCCAACAUUUGCAGUCACCAAGGUCCAGCCCAUACGAAUCCUCUUGAGGUGGACUGAUGACGUAUGGUACCGGAAGACUGGUUAUUUUAUAAGACAUAGAUCUAAGUUAUACAUUCUAAGCUAUCUAGCCUAAUGACACAAACUAUGAGGUCAGUAAGAAUACAUUGAAUCCGUCUUUUACUGCAA